GCUGUGUGGUAAUGCAAGUGGGGAUUUGAAAAUUAAACCCUUGCUUGUUUAUCAUUCUGAAAAUCCAAGUGUUUUCAAAAAAUAUAAUGUGGACAAAAACAAACUGAAUGUGAUGUGGAGGGCUAAUAGUAAGGCAUGCGUGACAAGGCAAUGUUUUACCGAGUGGGUUAAUGAAGUGUUUUGCCCGGCCAUCAGAACAUAUCUGCAGGAGAAAAGUUUGCCACUCAAGGCCGUGCUUCUCCUGGACAAUGCUCCUGCUCAUCCUCCAGGCUUGGAGGAGUCAUUGUUGGAGGAGUUUAGUUUUGUUACAAUAAAGUUCCUUCCUUCCAACACCACUCCUAUCCAGCCUAUGGACAAGAAAAUAAUUUCUAAUUUUAAGAAACUUUACACCAGGGCACUUCUCCGGAGAUGUCUUGAAGAGACUUCGGACUCAAGUCUCACCCUCAGAGAGUUCUGGAAAAGCCAUUUUCACAUUUUGAGUUGUAUAAGUCUCAUAGACAAAGCCUGGGAAGAAGUGACUCAAAGAACCAUGAUCUCUGGCUGGAGAAAUUUGUGGCCUGUAUGUGAUCCAGAACGAGACUUUGAGGGGUUUGAGCUUGAACCUGCAGUGCCUCUUGUCGAGGAAAUUGUUUCUCUGGGCCUGAGAUUAGGCUUGGAGUUGGAUGGUGCCGAUGUGGAGGAGUUGGUGGAGGAACACAGCGAAGAACUGACCACCGAAGAACUCCUAGCCCUUCACAAGGAGCAGCAACAAGAGACAGCUGAGGCCAGUUCUUCAGGGGAGGAGGAGGAGGCAGUACAGAAUGUCCCUUCCUCAACAAUUAAGAAGUUGUGUAGAGUAUGGGAAGAAAUUCAAAGUUUAGUUGAAAAGACUCACCCAGAGCAUGCUAAAAUAGGCCGUUACCUUAACCUUUUUAAUGACACUGUUAUGCUUUACUACAGACAAUUGUUGUUAAAACGUAGGCAAAAGCAAGUGUCUUUAGACAGAUAUUUAGUGAGAAAAACAGCCAGACAGCCACAACAUGGUCCGAGUGGUAUGCCUACAAAACGCAAGAGAGAGAGUACUCCAGAAAUGUCAACAGUGCCUGAUGUAUCUUACAAUGGAAGGGAACUCCACAUCCAACCACUAACACCUACCCGCCUCCCUCUCUCCUCACCAUCUUCCAUAUGCCGACAAGAAUCCUCAAUACAGGUAUCUCGCUCUGGCCGGGUGAGUAAGAAGUCAACAAAGAUGGCCAUCGCUGAUUCACCAGAAGGAAGCGAGACUCGUUGCCAGCAGAAUACUGAAGAGACUCAACAGUCCUGCAAGGACAUUAAAGUUGAAGAAACUGUGGAAGAUGACACAUGCAGAGGCUGGGCUUGCUGCACAGACGACAAUGAAAUUAAGGUGAAACAUGAGCCGUUGGAAGUGGAGGGUCAGGCAGAUUCUAGUGACUGCUCUCAUAAUAUGCGUGUUAUGGGAGAGGAAGACAGACAAGAUAUGGGAGAGGAAGACAGAAAAGACCUCGUCUUCAUUGACAUUAACUCUAUGAAUGUGAAAAGUGAAACGUCUGAUCACAACCAGAUGAUAUUAGAUGCUCCGCAACAUUUCAAACUCUCGCCUGGUACACGAAGAUCCCCUUCUGCACCUGAGGCAUCCAGUGCACAUCAGCCACCCGAGACAAAAUUUGUGGGUAUGUCGCCAAGAACAUAGUAACGACAAGCAGCACACGCAGCUUGAGCUCUCAAGCUGGUUAUGCUACUCAGCCCUCAGCAUCACCUACACAACGAAAGUUAUAAAGUUGAUGAUUAUGAGCCCCUAAAUGAUGAUUCAGAGAGUGUUGAUAUAUGAUCUGUACAACACUCAAAAAGCACAUGAAGAAACAGAAAGCAGA